UGAGCUUUUCUCUAACCCAGACUUUUAAAAAAAAUACACGUGAGAGUUGUGAAAGUGAAAGAAGGAGAUGGACAGACUGUACAAUAAGGAAUUUAUAACGGCUGCCUGCUUGGGUGUAGGAGUUGGGUUCUUUAUAGGAUGGAUCAGUCGUGGACGAGUCUUAGGAGGACGGUCCCCGUCGACCCAGCCAUCCAGAAAUGGGCAGGAGUCGUGCGAUCUCAGCGGAAAUAACAUGCUGUCAGACACCGGAGAAUACAAAUUGAUAGUGGUGGUCCGAACAGAUUUAAAGAUGGGAAAAGGGAAGAUAGCUGCUCAGGUUGCCCACGCUGCAGUUCAAGCCUACAACUCCUGUGCCAAGAACCAGCCGGAUAUGUUAAAGGAGUGGAAAUAUUCUGGUCAGCCCAAAGUCGUCGUGAAAAUAGACAGUGAAACAUCACUGUUGGCUAUUGCCUCAAAGGCAAAAACACUAGGGCUGAAUGCAAGUGUGAUCCGAGACGCAGGCAGGACACAGAUACCUGGUGGAUCCGUCACAGUCUGUGGCGUGGGUCCAGGGCCAAACGAUUUGGUGAGCUCCGUGACUGGACAUCUGAAGCUGUUAUGAUGAUGGCUGUCAGGUAGAAAAUCAAGAGACCUUAUGAAUUCAAGUUAUAUCAUGAGUGAUAUUAACAAAAUUGUUCUAUUCAUUAUUACUAUUGAACUAUAACCAUCCAUGAGAUCAAUUGUUUUUCACAUUCCGGGUAUGUGAAGCCACUGUAGUGUGUUUUAAUCACAUUCUAUACAACUGAGCCUCAAUAAUCCAUCCCAACUUCAUUUCCAAAGGAUAAUCCAGCCACCGUCAUUUCCAAAGGAUAAUCCAGCCACCUUCAUUUCCAAAGGAUAAUCAAGCCACCGUCAUUCCCAGAUGAUAAUCUUGAAACAGUCAUUCCCAAAAGAUAAUCCGGCUUUCUUUGUUCCCAGUAAAUAAUCCAUGAAACAAGCGAUCAUCUUUCCCAGUGAAUAAUCCAGCUGAAUUUACCAUCGUUUCCAGUAGAAAAUACAAGCACCUUUGUUAAAUAAUCCAGCAACCUUAAUUCCGAAAAAAGUUCCAGCGGCUGGAAUUUGCUGCAGGCCUAAGGUGGGUUACUGAUUCAAGAAAUAGUGUGGAAAAGGGUCAAUCUCUCCAACAAAACACUAGCCUUAUAGUGGGACAACUGAAUAGUUGUGGCUGGAUUAACAAGGCUCAACUGUAUACAUGUGUCAUGAAAGUAGGAGAAGACUCCUGAAUUUUUGGACCGGGCAUUCUGCUUUAUUGGCAAGACUGACCUCAAAAUGUCUCCAUGGCAACGACCAGGAGCACCAUGGAGAUAACAUCCUCUUGCUGGAUUUUUUGUUUUUGUUUGUGAAAUUGUGAUUGGUCGAGUGAUCAGGGAUAAACAUGUAGAAGUGUUGAGAGAAAAGUUUGUUUGGAUAUACAGUAUGCAUGAUAUGGAAUGCGAGUAUUAUUACUAAAAGGAUCAGAUUGGUUGUUGCACGAUUAAGACAUAUGUUGUUGUGUGAAUGCCUUAAGCUUAGAGAAUGAUUGAUUGGUUAGCCAGGAGAUAUGAAAUAUGGCACUUUUUGACACCUUGGUAUUUCAGAAUUCUCCCUGCCAAUUCUUUGAGAAUUUCAUUUCAAACUUUUUUUUAAAUAUUAUUUUAGUUCUGAAUUUUGUUACUCUUUAAUAUUGUACAAUACAGACUAUAAAUUGUGUUCUGUUGUUUGAAAAUGUUUUAUUUUUUUUCACUUUUAUUGAAAUUUAUUUCAAUUAUGUCUCACUGGGAAUUUCAAUGUACCAGGUUAAUUGAAAAUAUUAGAGAUUGUUCGUUUUACUUUAUACAACUUAUAAUGACCCCUGAGAAUAUACUGGGCGGUCAUCUGUGAUAAUAUAUACUAGGGCCCUUCUCUUAUCAUCUUUGGUUAAAUAAAUUCUUCAGAGCCUUGGCUUGGAUUACCAAAAAUUAAAUGUGUUAUGUAUGAACAUAUUGUUGAGUUGAUGUUUUGAAUGAUAAGAGUACAUAAGCAGUAAAUAAAUGCUGUUCUGUCACCUUUAUUAACGGUAA